AGACUAUUAAAUAAAACACUCAAAUUGGAAAACCAAACCAGGAAGGAAGCAACGAAGGAUUGCUCUGUUUCUUUCGGACUAUAACAUAGUGAUUAAGCUUGUGACGCAGGAUGUUCAUGUUAAGGGUUUAUUCCCUGCCAAUUAUUUUGCUAAAUUUGGUAGUGGCCGUCUUUUGUGCUGAUAAAUAUAGCAGAGAGGACUUUCCUCCUGGAUUUGUUUUUGGUUCUGGCACUUCUGCUUAUCAGGUGGAAGGGGCAGCAAGUGAAGAUGGGAGGAGUCCUAGCAUUUGGGAUACCUUUUCUCACGAGGGGAAAAUGGACGGAGAAACUGGAGACGUAUCAGUUGACGAAUAUCACAAGUACAAGGAGGAUGUCAAACUCAUGGUCGAAACUGGAUUAGAAGCCUAUAGAUUUUCCAUCUCAUGGCCAAGACUUAUCCCAAAUGGAAGAGGACCGGUCAAUCCAAAGGCCGUACGAUAUUACAACAGCCUCAUCAAUGAACUUAUCAGCCAUGGCAUCCAGCCACAUGUUACAAUAUAUCAUUAUGAUCAUCCCCAGGCGCUUGAAGACGAGUAUGGAGGAUGGCUUAGCAGAAAGAUUGUGAAGGACUUCACAGCUUUUGCAGAUGUGUGUUUCAGAGAGUUUGGUGACAGAGUUUUGUAUUGGACUACUUUGAAUGAGCCCAACGUCUUUCCACUUUUCAGUUAUGAUGUGGGAAUGUUGCCCCCUAAUCGAUGCUCUUUUCCAUUUGGACUCAACUGCUCCCAAGGCAACUCCACGUCUGAACCAUACUUGGUCGCUCAUCAUCUCUUAUUGGCACAUGCUUCAGCUGUGAGAUUGUACAGGAAAAAGUAUCAGAGCAAGCAACUAGGAUUUGUUGGGAUUAAUCUCUAUGCUUUUGCGACUUAUCCCCUAACAAACUCAACAGAGGAUGUGCUUGCAACUCAAAGAGCCAAUGACUAUUUUGUGGGUUUGAUAGCUAAUCCUGUGGUGUUUGGAAGCUAUCCGGACAUAGUAAAGAAAAACGCAGGCUCAAGACUACCAACCUUCACGAAUCAAGAAUACAAACAAGUUAAGGGUUCAUUUGACUUCCUGGGAAUAAAUCAUUACAUGUCAAUACAUGUAAAAGACAACUCCGCCAGCCUGAAGUCGGAGUACAGAGAUUUUCUAGCAGAUAUGGCAGUAGAGAUGAUAGCUGAUAUAGAUAGUUCAAAAUAUGAGUUUCCGAUACAACCAUCGGGUAUGCAAGCUUCACUGGAAUACUUCAAGCAAGCUUAUGGCAACCCUCCAAUCUACAUUCAUGAAAAUGGGCAACGGACCCGACGAACUUCGUCCUUGGAAGAUACCUCCAGGGUCAAGUAUAUGCAUGGAUACAUUGGGAGUGUACUUGAUGCUAUUAGGAAUGGAUCAAAUACAAGAGGGUAUUUUACGUGGUCCUUCUUAGAUGUGUUUGAGCUGUUGGGUGGCUAUGAACCAUGCUUUGGGCUUUAUUAUGUGGACAUCAAUGACCCACAAUUAAAACGGCAUGCUAAGCUCUCUGCACAUUGGUACUCUCAAUUUUUGAAGGGAAGACCCGUUUCCUCCGACUCUGAUGGCCUUAUAAAGCUUGGAAAAGAUUUCUCACUCUUGUCUCGCAGGAGUUGAUCUUCCUUAUAUAUUAUAUAUAGAAGAUCUUCCAUAAUAAUUGUACUUUAGAAAACGGCUAUAACCAACAAGUAAAAUUGCAUCUUUGUGAUUA